AUGACAGAGGUGCCGCUUUCCUUUAUUCUCCAGCACAAUUACAUUUUCAUCUUUGACUCCACUCAAAUUUACAUCCGUCACUUGAUGGGAAGUGGCAACUCAAUUCUUCUUGCAAAGACUCAAGCACGACUCUCUGCUCACUCCGUCCCACUCGCCCGCCUGUCCAAUGGUAUGCAGGGCAUUAUUCCUUAGAUCUCGAGACACCCGUUUGAUUUUCUUUACGGCAGUAUCCGAUCUUUCAGGAACACGUCUUACUUUGCCUUGCCUUUUUUGCCUGCCGACCUACCUUGAGUAGGUAGCUACCUACUCUACCUACCUACCUCACAUACCUACGCUACCUGACUUGAUCUUACCCACCCAAAAUCACCUAACACCCACGGAUACCAUUCUUCCCUGGUGUGGAUGCAAUCAAGUGACCUGACGUCUCUUCCGGAAAACGCAGAGGGACUAGCACUGAGUAAAAAUAGCGGUACGUUCUCAGGCUCCCCUGCUGCCUACCAGAAAGUCACGAUGACUUUUUUUUGCAGCUAGUCUGGCCUGCAAGCAACCUGGUGCACGUAGCCCAGCUCUCAAUUUAAACCCCACACAUGCUCCAAACUGCCAAACUUACUACCGCGACUCACGCGACCUCCCUUCCCUCAAAGAAAAGCCCCUUUGGUCCCCUGGAACUGCUUAAUUCUUUGCCGAACGCACCGUUCCUGACAGACGGUUUCCGGGAUUUCAGAACAACGAUAAAACAACAUCCAUUCACUAAAUGGCCAACAACUCACCGGAUCACCACUGGAAACUAGGAACCGACAUCAAGGCGCACAUAUAGCAAGGGCGGAAAGUUGAGCUCCUUUACGACGAACAGCGAGAGCAAGCUCAUUUUCUGGACACCCCAAAACACGACUCAACCGGCAAACCUCCAAGUGCACACAAAAUUUCGGAGAGGAAUAGAGAUAUUUCACCGUUAUGGCUCCCUCAAGAAAUGGAGUUGGCGUUCGCGCUGAGGACACCAGGCUUUGCGUGGUGAUGGUGGGCCUUCCAGCCAGAGGAAAGUCGUACAUAGCACAAAAAGGUGAGGUUCUCUUGUCUAUUGUUUUUUUUUUUUGUCUUUGCUUUUUCUGCUUCUUCCCUAACCCCCCCUCCCACCACAUCUUACUAUUUUUUUUUUUCCCUCUUGCUUUUUCUCCUUGACUGGUUAAACCGAAUUUUCCACCUCUCUCAAUUCAAUUUAUUUUUCUUCGUCUGCCCUUCCGCACGCCCGAAUCUCGUUUUUUCGGGUGUCCCGUGCCCCCCCUUUUUUUCGCUGUCCCGGACUAACCCGAAGGCCUCCUAAUGUGGGUCCCACCGCCAUAUGAUCGCCAGCUCAACGAUAUCUUCGCUGGCUCUCUAUCGAGGCAAAGACGUUUAACGUCGGUAAUUACAGGCGCAAAGAUGCUGCUCACCCUCCGGCCGACUUCUUCGACACGCAAAAUGAGGAUGGUGAGAAGAAGCGCCGGGCGGCCGCUGAGGCCGCCAUCAACGACAUGUUGAGUUGGUUCCGUAGUGGUGGCAUCGUCGGUAUCCUCGAUGCCACAAACAGCACCAAGGAUCGUCGCAAGUGGGUUCGUGAGUUGAUAGAGGCCGAGGGUAUUGAGGUCAUGUUUGUCGAAAGCAAGUGUGAUGAUGAGAACCUCAUCUUGGCCAACAUUCGGGACGUCAAGACGACAAGUCCCGACUACCUGGGAAUCGACGCCGAUCAGGCCGCUACCGACUUCCAAAAACGCAUUGAAAACUACAAAAAGGUGUACAAGACCAUCGACGAAGACCAAGACGAGGAAGACUUGACAUAUCUCAAGAUCAUGGACGUCGGAAAGCAGGUCAUCAUUAACCGCAUCCAGGACUACCUCGAAAGUCGGGUUGUUUAUUUCCUCAUGAACCUUCACAUUCGGCCGCGGUCUAUCUGGUUAUCACGUGUAAGUUGCCAGUACUACUCGUCCACGCUACUUGUAUCUCCUCGUGCUGCUCUUCGCCUGACACGCGACCUACCGAUCUAUACCUGCCGUUACUAUUUCGGUGUUCGGUAUCCGGCAUCAAUUGGAAACAACAUAUCACGUGACUGACCAAUCUUCUUCUAGCAUGGCGAGUCUAUGUACAAUCUCGAUGGUCGCAUCGGAGGUGACUCGGAGCUGUCUCCUCGAGGUGAGGAAUACGCCAAAGCCUUGCCAGACCUAGUGAGGCAGUCUGUCGGGGUAUGUAUCAUAUUCAACUCCAGGUGAAGUUGAAAACGUUUCAGCUUGGACCUGACUGACAAACAUGUUAGAAUGACCGUCCCUUAACGGUCUGGACAUCAACUCUCCGCCGCACCAUCGCCACAGCCCGCCACCUACCUCCACACUAUAACCAGCUCCAGUGGAAGGCACUCGAUGAGCUUGACGCCGGCGUGUGCGAUGGCAUGACCUACCAGGAAAUCAAGAACGUUUACCCCGCUGAUUUCCAGGCUCGCGACGAGGACAAGUACAACUAUCGUUACCGCGGUGGAGAAUCGUACCGGGACGUGGUCAUUCGAUUGGAGCCCAUCAUCAUGGAGCUGGAGCGGUCCGAGGACAUCCUCAUUGUCACCCACCAGGCCGUUCUCAGGUGUAUCUACGCCUACUUUACCGAGAAGGACCAGAGCGCCAGCCCUUGGAUGCACGUCCCACUGCACACCUUGAUCAAGCUGACGCCCCGCGCGUACGGAACUCAGGUCGAGAGGAUGAGUGCCGGCAUCGAGGCCGUCAGCACCUGGAGGGGCAAGGGCAGCACUGCCAAGCAUGAGGACCCAGUACCCGAAGCUAUGAACUAGCGGGAACUUUUUUUUUCAUUUUGAUUGGCGACGAAGAAAAACCCAAGGCAGAUGUGUUGCCUGGUAGCUGAUUUGUUUUACUCUCAUUUUAUCCCAUUCUCACCUACCCUGCUCAGCCCUUUGAUGGCCGUGCGUAGGGACUGCUUUUGUGUACGCUCUGCUUUUAUUAAAACUUACAAAUCAGCGCUAUUCUGGGCAACCGCCGUGUCGUCACCAAGGGGUUUGUGGGACUAAAAGGAACAAACGAAUUAGGGAUUGGGAAUCGGUAUCUUAAAAGAGGAUUUUUUCUGCAUUGGUAUGGAUUAACAGGCAUUAGGUACAUGCCAGCAAUGAGCGACCCCAGGAACAAAAUAUUAUGUGAUAUUCAUAGCCGCAUCUGGGCUCCAGUCGGACAUAUGGAGCCACAAAAACUUCCUCAUCUGAAAUAGGAUCAUUUACAGCGAGUGCGCAU